UCCUGCAUUCAGUGAUGGAUCUGCUGUGAGAUCUGAGUCUGGUAUCGUCAGCAGAAGCAGAAAGAGAGCAGCGUCUCCACUGUCCAGCUGUGUGUCCAUGAAAAGACCUAUGAAUAAUCCACCCCUGCUCACUAAUGACCUGUUGACCUUUGACCCUGUUAGUGAGAGAGCUGAGCUUCAGACCUGCACAUUCUCCUCCAGUCAGAGUCACUUCAGUCUUCAUGAUGAUCUUCAGAGAGUCAAAGAGCAGCACAAAACCAUCAUGAAGAUCAAGUACGAGAGCUUAUUUGAGGGAGUGAAACUCCAGCAGAAUCAAACCCUCCUGAACAGCAUUUACACACAGCUGUACAUCAUAGAGGGAGAGAGUGAAGGAGUGAAUGAAGAACAUGAGGUGCUGCAGAUGGAGAAGAGAUACAAGACUCUCCAAGACACUCCAAUCAACUGCAAUGACAUCUUUAACCCUUCAGCUGAAGCAGGAGAUGAGGAGAAGAGCAGAGAGGAGAAAGAGCAGAUCAAGACUGUCCUCACUAAAGGCAUCGCUGGAAUUGGAAAAACCGUCUCUGUGCAGAAGUUCAUUCUGGACUGGGCAGAGGGAAAAGCCAAUCAGGAUGUAGAUUUCAUCUUUGUGUUUCCAUUCAGAGAGCUGAACUUGAUUAAAGAUCAUCAGUACAGUCUUCACACACUUCUGCUGGACUUUCAUCCUGAACUUCAGCAUCUGGACUCACAGAUUUAUGAGGAGUGUAAAGUUGUGUUCAUCUUUGAUGGUCUGGAUGAAAGCAGAAUCACACUGAUGUUUUCAGCCUGUCAGAAAGUUUCUGAUGUGACUGAAGCUUCAUCAGUGAGUGUGUUGAUGUCCAACCUCAUGAAAGGAGAUCUGCUUCCCUCUGCUCUCAUCUGGAUCACCAGCAGACCAGCAGCAGCCAAUCAGAUCCCCUCAAAACACAUCAGCCUCGUGACGGAGAUUCAGGGCUUCAAUGACCCUCAGAAGGAGGAAUAUUUCAGGAAGAGAAUCAGAGAUGAAGAUCAAGCCAGCAGAAUCAUCUCCCACAUCAGAAGAGCAAGAAGCCUCCACAUCAUGUGCCACAUACCCGUCUUCUGCUGGAUCUCAGCCACUGUGCUUCAGAGCAUCCUGAAACAAGAUCUGAGUGCAGAAAUCCCUCAAACUCUGACUGAGAUGUACAUCCACUUCCUCCUCAUUCAGACACACAUGAGGAAGCAGAAGUAUAAAGAGAGAGAUCCAGAGAAACUCCUGCAGUCCAACAGAGACGUGAUUGUGAAACUUGCUGAACUGGCUUUCAAUCAGCUGAUGAAGGGCAAUGUGAUGUUCUACGAGGAGGACCUGAUUGAGAGCGGGAUAGACGUCGCUGACGCCUCAGUGUAUUCUGGGAUCUGCACUGAGAUCUUCAGAGAGGAAUCUGUGAUUCAUCAGAGGAAGGUUUACAGCUUUGUUCAUCUGAGCUUUCAGGAGUGUUUUGCAGCUCUGUAUGUGUUUUACUGCUAUUUACACAACAACACUGAGGUGAUGAAGAUGUUCCUCACAGUAAAACACAGAAAGAGUGAGAAAGUUCCUCUGGAUGUGCUUCUGAAAGGAGCGAUGAAUAAAGCCUUGGAGAGUAAAACUGGACACCUGGAUCUGUUCCUGCGAUUUCUUCAUGGCGUCUCACUGGAGUCCAAUCAGAGACUCUUACAGGAUCUGCUGAAACACACAGAGAACGACCCAGAGAGCAUCAAGAAAAUAAUCCACAACCUCAGACGAGGACAAAAAGACAACAUCAGUCCUGAAAGAUGGAUGAAUCUCUCACACUGCUUGAUUGAGAUGAAGGAUAAUUCUGUUGUUGAAAAAAUGCAGGAAUUUUUAAACUCAAAAAAACAUGAUAAAAGUCUUUCUCUUGCUCAGUGCUCAACUCUGGCAAACAUGAUCCUGAUGUCAGAGGAGGUGCUGGAUGAGUUAGACGUUAAAAAGUACAGAAUCUUAUCCUCAACAGAGGGGAGAAGGAGACUGCUACCAGCUAUGAGGAACUGCAGAACAGCUCUACUGUCAGGAUGUGAUCUUACAGAUCAGCAAUGUGGAAUUGUGGCUUCAGCUCUACAAUCAUCAAACUCCCCACUGAGAGAGCUGGACCUGAGUAACAACAAUAAACUGCAGGAUUCAGGAGUGAAGCUGAUCUGUGCUGGACUGAAGAGUCUAAACUGUCAACUCAACACACUGAAAUUGGCAGAAUGUAAUCUCACUGAUAAGUGCUGUAAAGCUGUGUCUUCAGCUCUACAAUUAUCAAACUCCCCCCUGAAAGAGCUGGACCUGAGUAACAAUAAGCUGCAGGAUUCAGGAGUGAAGCUGAUCUGUGCUGGACUGAAGAGUCAACUCAACAUACUGAGAUUGGCAGGCUGUAAUCUCACUGUUCAGUGCUGUGAAGUUCUGUCUUCAGCUCUACAAUUAUUAAAUACUUCCCUGAGAGAGCUGGACCUGAGUAACAAUGAGCUGCAGGAUUCAGGAGUGAAGCUGAUCUGUGCUGGACUGAAGAGUCAACUCAACAUACUGAGAUUGUCAGGCUGUAAUCUCACUGAUCAGUGCUGUGAAGUUCUGUCUUCAGCUCUACAAUCCUCAAACUCCCCCCUGAGAGAGCUGGACCUGAGUAACAAUGAGCUGCAGGAUUCAGGAGUGAAGCUGAUCUGUGCUGGACUGAAGAGUCAACUCGCCAUACUGAGAUUGUCAGGCUGUAAUCUCACUGAUCAGUGCUGUGAAGUUCUGUCUUCUGCUCUACAAUCAUCAAACUCCCCCCUGAGAGAGCUGGACCUGAGUAACAAUGAGCUGCAGGAUUCAGGAGUGAAGCUGAUCUGUGCUGGACUGAAGAGUCUAAACUGUCAACUCAACACACUGAGAUUAUCUUACUGUUUGGUCACAGAGGAAGGUUGUGCGGCUCUGGCUUCAGCUCUGAGCUCAAACCCGUCACACCUGAGAGAGCUGGAUCUGAGCUACAAUCACCCAGGAGAAGCAGGACUCAAACUGCUCUCUGACAAACUCCAACACCUCCACAAACUCAAUCUGGAUCAUGGAGGAGAGUUCAUGAUGACAUCUCGUCUACACAAAUACGCCGGUGAACUCACACUGGAUCCAAACACAGCAAACACACUCCUCGUUCUGUCUGAGGAGAACAGAAAGGUGACGCGUGUGAAGAAGAGACAGUCUUAUCCUGAUCAUCCAGACAGAUUUGAUGGGUUUUAUCCUCAGGUUGUGUGUAAAGAGAGUCUGACUGGACGCUGUUACUAGGAGACUCAAUGGAGCGGAAAUGGAGCUGAAAUAUCAGUGUGUUAUAAAGGAAUCAAGAGGAAAGGAGCGAGUGUUGACUGUGUGUUUGGAGAUAAUGAUCAGUCCUGGAGUCUUUAUUGCUCUGAUCACUCAUUCUCUGUCCGUCACAAUCAUAAACACACACACAUCUCAGCUCCUCCAGACUCCAGCAGGACAGUAGGAGUGUUUGUGGACGAGUCGAGCGGCUCUCUGUCCUUCUACAGCGUCUCUGACACACACAAACUCACACACUUACACACGUUUAACACCACAUUCACUCACACACUCUACGCGGGAUUUAGACUUUAUUCAGGCUCUUCAGUGACUCUGUGUCACAUUAAAUAA